AUGACAACAAUAAAAAUCCCAUUUACUAAAGAAAGUAUCCGACAAAUUCCUGCCAAGGACUUAAACGCAGGAACCAAAGGAGUAGAGUUAGAAGUCCAAACUAAUUUCUUAGUGUCGCAAAUUUGCUCCAUAGAUAAAGCCGUUGGUAAUCCAACUGACGGUUCUUUUGAAAAAAUUUCUUUUGUCUUUAAGGAUGAUGCUGAAAAAGCUUAUUAUGAUGCUCUUUUAGAUAGCAAAAGUCAAAAUUUUGAGUUGAGUUUUGAUAAAGACAAAGUUUUUUUAAUGGUCUUUGGCUUUGGAAACUUUAUUGACAAAACUAAACCCGAAGUCCAAGUUAGUCCCGGACAUAAAAGCAUGGUAGUAUUUUUUGAGUCUAAAUUUACUGGGAUAAUUACUCUGGAAAUUUCAAACGAUAGGCAAAAUAACGCUAGCCCUUUAAUAGUUAUCAUGCCAAUUACUUCCUUAAAAGCCGGUGAUAAAGCUUUUUCUUUUCAAGUGCCAAUUACUUUAAAGAAUAAGAGUGUGAUACUGGUAGACCAAAUCAGAACCAUUGACCGAGAUAAGUUUAAAGAUAAAAUUACCAAAGUUGAGGAGAAAUUAAUAGAGGAA